AUGUUUGCUCAGAGAUUUGAUCCCGGAGCAGUGAGUUCUCCUCUGGGAAAGGUGCCGUUAAUUCGAAGAAAUGUGUUGAAAAGGAGUCGAGAAGUCGAGAGUGAGAGUGAGAAGAGUGAAAGUGAGAGCGAGAGUGAUAGUGAUAGUGAUAGCGAUAGUGAUAGUGAUAACAACAGUGAUAGUGAUAGUGGUAGUGAUAACAGUAGCGACAGUAAUAGUGGAAGUGAUAAUAGCAAUGAUAGUAGCAAUGAUAGUAGAAAUGAUACUGAUAGUGAUAGUGAUGAAGAGCAAGAUAAAGCCAAUGAGCAAAGUGAUGAAAACGAAGCAAGCGAGCAUAGGCAUGGAAGUGUUGAUGAAAGUGAAAACGACAGUAAAAUUGUAGUCGAUAAUGAAGAUCUUAUGGAAAUUGAUAACGAGCCUAUCGAAAAUGAUCCAACAUACACCUCUAAGCAUAGUGCUAUUUUCAAAAAAUUAAAUAAGGCAAUUACAAAGGAGACCAAUAAUAAUAGCGAAGAUGAAAACGAACUGUCGAGCUCUGAUGAAGAGAUGCAAGACUUGGCUCCUAUACCGCAGCCAAUUCUUCCUCGUGAUAAGCGACUUAAAUCCAAUACACUCCACAGCAAGAACUUGGACUGGCUUGCAACUCCGGUGUAUGCCAAAGCUGACCUCGUGCAGCCAUUUGAUUCGUUUCAGUUGUCACCAUUUAUGCUAACAAACCUUUCUAAACUCGGAUAUGAGAAGGCAUUUUCUGUCCAAUGCUCAAUGUUAUCCUUAGUUAUGCCUGAGAUCAGGCAAUCAUUGGUGAGUCCAGAUUUCCAUGGGGACAUUUUGGCAAAUGCAUCUACAGGUUCUGGUAAGACUUUAGCCUACCUGAUUCCAAUUGUAGAACUGUUACAUUCUAGAAUUGUUCCUCGAGUAAGAGCCAUUAUCUUGGUUCCCACUAAGCCCUUGAUAUCUCAAGUAAAACAAACUUUUAUCCAGCUAAGCAGAGGUACCAAUUUAACUGUCGUAAGUUUAAAAAAUGACAUUAGCAUUGCUGAUGAAGCUCGUAAAUUAAUGAACAAUGAACCAGAUAUAAUAGUUUCCACACCAGGUAGAUUAGUGGAUCAUUUACAAAAUGGGUCCAUUAAUUUAACUGCAUUAAAAUACUUGGUAAUUGAUGAAGCAGAUCGUUUAUUGAAUCAAAGUUUCCAAAACUGGGCUCAAAUCUUAAAUUCUAAAUUGACAGAGUUAAAUGAUGCAGCGGCAGAUAUAUCUUCCAGUUUCCAGGUAAAAGUUCAGAAAUUCAUAUUUUCUGCUACAUUAACCACCGACUCAGGAAAGUUAUCCCUUUUAAAUUUGGUUAAACCAAGAUUACUUAUUGUGAACGAUUCAGAGAGUUUGGCACAUAGUCAAGCGUUCACUGUUCCAUCUUCAUUAUCUGAAUAUAAGAUUCAAUUGGGUACUUCUAAACUGUCGUUGAAACCAGUAAUACUUGUCAAAUAUCUUAUACAAUCCAAGAAAUUGUCUGACUGUUUGAUUUUUACUAAAUCUAACGAAUCAAGUUUGAGACUAGCCAAAAUAUUGGGCUUAUUAAUGCAUAAAUUUGGGUUAAAAUCACAAGUAGCAUACUUAAACUCAACUAAUAAUACUACUGGAACUAGAACUAAACUUUUAAAUCAAUUUCAAAAGGGUGAGAUCCAAUUCAUAGUUGCCACCGAUUUAUUGGCGAGAGGUAUUGAUUUGACGUCCAUCAAAACUGUUAUAAAUUAUGACUUGCCUAACUCAUCCCGUGAAUACGUGCAUAGAGUGGGUAGAACUGCAAGAGCAGGAUUACCUGGUGAUGCUUACACACUUUCAUUCGGUAAAGGUGAAGGUAAGUGGUUCAAAAAGUUAAUGGAGGAAGUUGGUAGAGGAGAAGGGAAAUCGAUACAAGAUGUGGAACUCGAUGUUAAGGAAUUGGUCAGUAAAGUUGAUGAAUCUGUGUAUGAGGAGUGUUUGAAGGAAUUGCAAAAGCAAGUUUUUGAAAAGAACUAA